ACGCAACCCCGCUGCUCCAGCAUCAGCAGCGAGCGACUGUGUUGUUUUUCGUUUUUAGGGGCUGAAUACGUGAAGGAAACGGAGCAGUGCAGACGUUCUUUGGUUCUGGUUUCCUCUAGUUAACUAUGUUUUAGCAAGGCAGCACAGAUUUCUAAAUAUUAGCCAGCUGCUUUAUAUAGCGAUGUCGAAGACAGAGGAGCCCACGGCGGGUGACGGAGGGUCCAAUCACCUCCCCAUUUACCAACACAGAAAGACACUUGUUGAUGCUGUGAGCGCAAACCAGUUUCUGAUUGUUACGGGCGAAACUGGCAGUGGUAAAACUACUCAGCUGCCGCAGUAUUUGUACCAGGCUGGCUUAUGCAGGUAUGGGAAGAUUGCUGUGACGCAGCCCAGAAGAGUUGCAGCCAUCACUGUAGCUCAGAGGGUGUCCCACGAGAUGGGUGUCAGGCUAGGGCUGGAGGUUGGGUACCUAGUGCGCUUUGACGAUUGCACUACAAAGGACACAUUGAUUAAGUACAUGACGGAUGGCUGUAUGCUGAGGGACAUUCUUGGUGAUCCAGGUUUGAUACCCUACAGUGUUGUGAUUCUGGACGAAGUCCAUGAGAGGAGUCUUAACACGGACGUCUUACUUGGUUUGCUGAAAAAGACCCCGUCUCGAGGCUUCCGUGGCCGCACUGUCCCUCUGAAGGUGGUGGUGAUGUCAGCUACCCUGGAAACUGAAAAGCUCAGUGCCUUUUUGGACAACUGUCCUGUGUUCACCAUUCCUGGCAGAACCUUUCCUGUGAAAGAGUUGUUCUGCGGUCUGAUUGGGCCAAAGGACAAAGAAAGCUCUGUCUAUGUGAAAGAGGUGGUGAAGAUGGCUCUAAAUGUCCAUACAAGCGAAGCAUCUGGGGAUAUCCUUGUGUUUCUGACAGGCCAGUCUGAGAUUGAGAAAGCAUGUGACUUGCUCUUUGAAAAGGCAGAGUCCAUAGACUACCGCUACGACAUGCAUGAUCGUUCAGUGGAAGGCCUUCUGAUUCUUCCUCUGUAUGGAUCAAUGCCAACAGAUCAACAGCGUCAGAUAUUCCAGCCAGCGCCUGCGGGAAUCAGGAAGUGUGUGGUGGCAACCAACAUAGCCGCAACAUCGCUCACAAUAAGUGGAAUCAGAUAUAUUGUUGAUAGUGGAUUUGUCAAACAGCUGAACCACAACUCAAGAGUUGGCUUGGACAUCCUUGAAGUGGUACCUAUAUCAAAGAGUGAAGCCCAGCAAAGAGCAGGCAGGGCGGGAAGAACCUCGGCAGGAAAGUGCUUCAGGAUCUACAGCAAGGAUUUCUGGGAGACCUGCAUGCCUGAGUACACUGUCCCGGAGAUCCAGAGAACGAGUCUCACAUCUGUCGUCCUCACUCUCAAAUGCCUCGGAGUCCAUGACGUGAUCAGGUUUCCCUACCUAGAUCGUCCAGAGGAGAGGUUUAUUCUGACAGCACUGAAGCAGCUGUACCAGUACGAUGCAAUUGACAGGAAGGGUGAUGUGACCCGGCUGGGGAGGCUGAUGGUGGAGUUGCCCCUCCCUCCUGGGCUCAGCCGUGCCCUGCUUAAGUCAGCUUCUCUGGGCUGUGAGGAGCUGCUGCUCCCCGUGGCAGCCAUGCUGUCUGUGGAGAACAUCCUCAUCCGACCAGGCCGCCCAGAAAAACAAAAGCAGGCUGAGGUCGUGCACAAAGAGCUGGCCGCGUGCGCCGGCAGCUGCAAUGACUUCCUCGAGCUGCGCUGCAUAUUUGAAAAGUGCAAAACAAGUGACAAUCCUUCCACAUGGUGUAAAAAUCACUGGAUACACUGGCGUGCAGUUAAGUCUGCUUUCAGUGUUGAGACUCAACUCAGGGACAUACUUCUCCGUCUAAAACAGCAAAAAGAUUUUCCAAAGGAGACAUUCCGGGGCAGAAGCAGUGAACUGCUAAGGCAGUGCCUGUGUCUGGGUUAUUUCACUAAUGUGGCAAGGAGGUCUGUUGGAAAGGCAUUUUGCACUAUGGAUGGACAUGGCUCUACAGUUCACAUUCACCCCUCCUCUUCACUUUUUGGGCAAGAGUUGCAGCUAGACUGGAUAAUUUUCCAUGACGUCUUGGUAACGGGACGGGUUUAUGUGAGAACCGUCUGCCCCAUCCGCUACGAGUGGGUGAGGGACUUGCUUCCGAAGCUGCAUGAAAUUGAUGUUUAUGAGCUAAGCAGUGUGGCAAGAGAGGAAGUCACAGAUGAGGAGAUGGCACGGUGGGAAAAGAAAAGGGCAGCUCAGAGGCAAACAGAUACAAGUGAAGAUGCAUCGAAGAAGCUUGAAAAGAGAAACAGUGAAAGCUCAAUUUCAGAGGCUCGUGCUCGGUAUUUACAGAGAAAACGGAAUCGGAUCCAGGCAAAAGACUCAUGAAAGGAGACCACGUAGUGUUUGUAUUGUAUUAUGAAAUUCAACUUUCAUAAUGUUUAUAUUUCUAGUAAUGCUCUUCAGCUGUGAGGAUUUCUGAAUCCUUUAUUCAUCAAAUCUUUUCCAUCCAUGAAAGGUAACUUGUAUUUGAAAAAAGUUGAUAAAUAUUUAUUUUGUAAUAAAUGGGUUUUUAAUUAUCAAA